AACGCCAUCUAGAAACGCACAACUCUUAACCCAUUUCUCUCAUUUUCAGACCCGCAAACGAAGUGAUUUAUAUUAUUGACAGUUACUGCCAAGAACUAUUGCAUUUUGCUUUGAAUCACCAAACUCUGUAAUUUGUAAAAAGGAGAGCAUGCAGAUUUUUUAUUUUGUUUUUACUACAAAGAAAAUUAAAAACCGAAGUCGUGAUACACGUGCAUAGAAAGAAGAUAAACACUGGACACCCAUCCUUUAGUGGACGCUACCACCAAUCUAGUCAGCAAAAUUAAAUUAUUGCACGACCUUAUCCAUUCUUUGUAGCUAGUCGUUUGUUCUACUACUUGAUAAGGGAUAACCCAGCUGCGUCGACCCACCGCAUCUGACAUACAAACUACAGUAGUCGCAGGUAACCUUAAUCUUCUUGCAAGUUUCAUUCGAUGAUGGCGUGUAUUCAAUCUCUUCUUCUCUUUUGUUCUUUUAUGUACAUUUUUAAUACCAACCCAUCUUGUGCCCAAAUUCCCAAUUCACCAAUUAGGUUUCUUGUUCUUCCUGUGACCAAAGAUCCUGCAACCUUUCAGUACUUGACCACAAUUCAUCACGGCACCUCACGAGAACCCGUCAGGGUUGUACUUGAUCUGGGGUGUCCAUCUCUUUGGCUUGCUUGUUCCUCAGGACGCCUGUCUUUAUCUAGGCGUCUGAUUCCAAGCUGCUCAAUCCAGUGCCCAGCAGCAAAGCCGAACAACAUGAGUUGUGCCUUCUCUGCUGUUAUGCCUACACGUAAAUCUACCGCUUGUGGUCUCUCCACAGAGAACUGCAUCACACGGUCAGCAACAAGAGGUGAGCUUGUAGAAGACAUCUUGACCGUCCAAUCAGUUGACGGGUCAAAAUCAGGUCCAGUCACUAUAGUAGAUCACUUUCUCUUCUCUUGUGUACCCAGAUUUCUUUUAAAUAGGCUAGCGGGGGGUGCCCAAGGAAUGCUUGGCCUCGGUAAGUCUCGAAUUGCUCUUCCAUCACAGCUUGCUUCGAAAUUUGGGCUCCAGAGAAAAUUUGCAACCUGCCUAUCAUCUUCAGAUGGUCUCAUUUUAUUCGGCCAUGAGACUGGUUACGACUCAAUUUUUGGCACAGAAAUUUCAAGGUCACUGACGUACACCCCUCUAGUGACUAGCCCAGAUGGCAGUGGCAGCUCACAAGAUUAUUCCAUCAACGUGAAGUCCAUCAAAAUCAAUGGCAAGCGAUUGUCUCUAAGGCAAAAGGGUAUUGGUGGAGGCACCAAAAUAAGCACAACUGUGCCAUACACCACUUUGGAGAGCUCAAUAUACAGCACCUUUAUUAAAGCUUACAAGGAGGCUGCUACUAAUAAUUAUUUCCUGAACAUGACAGUUGUGGCACCUGUGGCACCAUUUGGUCUUUGUUUUAGCUCAAAAGAAGUUCCUAGCAGCAUGUUGUUGGGGCCAAUGGUUCCUGCCAUUGAUCUAGUUUUGCAAAGUGAGAUGGUGAAGUGGAGGGUGCAUGGCAGGAAUGCGAUGGUGCCGGUGCUUGAUGAGGUUAUGUGCCUAGGUUUCUUGGAUGGCGGCUUCAAGUCCAAGACCAGUUCCUCAAUUGUUAUAGGAGGGUUUCAAUUAGAGGAUAAUCUUUUAGAGUUCAAUUUAGGUACUUCCAUGUUAGGAUUUAGUUCGACUAGACAUACAUCUUGCUCUGAUUAUCAUACUAGGAUGAUGCAAUCUACACUUAAAGAUUCCUUGUGAUUCCCCUCUUCAGUUUUGGUGUCUACUCUUGUAAGUACUUCAAUCCAUGGAUUUUGGCAGUUACUGUCAAUAUCACUAAUCUCAAUUAAGCCUAAGUAUAAAGAAGUCAAGUUUUGUUUUUGAGAUUUUUAUGAAA